UAGGUUUGUCCCGCGCGGGCUCCCGUCCCUUAAGGCCGUGAGGGGGGAGCGGCCGGGCCGGAGGGGGCGAGAGCGGAGCCGGCGGUGGCGGCGGCCGGAGACAGCCGGAGGGGGACGAAUGGCGGCGGCGGCGGCAGGAACGGCGGCAGCGGCGGCCUACGCCAGCCUGAAGUUGCAUAUAACACCAGAGAAAUUCUAUGUGGAAGCUUGUGAUGAUGGAGCAGAUGAUGUGCUCGCUAUUGAUAGAGUCUCCACGGAAGUCACUCUUACAGUUAAGAAAGAUGUUCCCCCUUCAGCCGUUACAAGGCCUAUAUAUGGUAUUUUGGGAACUAUCCGAUUGGUGGCAGGCACGUAUCUUAUUGUAAUAACAAAAAAGAAAAAAGUAGGUGAGAUUUUCAGUCAUGCAAUCUGGAAAGCAACAGACUUUGACAUCCUCUCAUACAAAAAGACCAUGCUGCACUUAACUGAUAUUCAGUUGCAGGACAAUAAAGUAUUUUUAUCAAUGCUUAGUCAUGUCUUGAGCGUGGAUGGAUUUUACUUCUCAACAACCUACGACCUAACACACACUCUGCAACGGUUAGCCAACACCAGCCCAGAGUUCCAGGAAAUGAGCCUCCUCGAGAGGGCAGAUCCACGGUUUGUAUGGAAUGGGCACCUUCUCCGAGAAUUUGCUGCUCAACCAGAGAUCCAUAGGUUCGCUACACCUGUGAUGCACGGCUUUAUCACUAUGCACUCUUGUUCUAUAAAUGGCAAGUGUUUUGACUGGCUGCUUGUUUCCAGAAGAAGCUGUUUCAGGGCUGGUGUACGCUACUAUGUAAGAGGUAUUGAUUCAGAAGGACAUGCUGCUAACUUUGUUGAAACAGAACAAAUUGUGCAUUACAAGGGGAGCAAAGCAUCUUUUGUUCAGACCCGUGGAUCAAUUCCUUUUUUCUGGUCUCAAAGACCAAACCUCAAGUAUAAACCAAAGCCACAGAUCAGCAAGUCAGUAAAUCAUAUGGAUGGCUUCCAAAGACAUUUUGACUCGCAAAUUAUUAGCUAUGGAAAGCAAAUGAUUGUCAACUUGGUCAACCAAAAAGGUUCAGAGAAACCUCUUGAGCAAACGUUUGCAAAAAUGGUAAACAGCAUGGCAAAUGUAAUGGUCAGAUAUGUAGCAUUUGACUUCCAUAAAGAGUGCAGUCGGAUGAGGUGGGAUCGACUUCAGAUUUUGAUGGAUCAACUAGCAGAACAGCAAGAUGAAUUUAGUUAUUUUCUAGUGGAUUCCGAUGGCAAAAUUGUGACUCAGCAGGAAGGAAUAUUCCGCAGUAACUGCAUGGACUGCCUUGAUCGAACGAAUGUGAUUCAGAGCUUGUUAGCACGCCGCUCUCUUCAAGCCCAGCUUCAGAGGCUAGGUGUUCUGCAUGUUGGACAGAGAAUUGAAGAGCAAGCAGACUUCGAGAAAAUCUACAAAAAUGCAUGGGCUGAUAAUGCAAAUGCUUGUGCCAAACAAUAUGCUGGAACCGGUGCCUUAAAGACAGACUACACAAGAACUGGGAAGAGAACUCAGUGGGGCCUAAUAAUGGAUGGCUGGAACUCAUUAAUACGUUACUACAAAAAUAACUUCUCUGAUGGAUUUAGACAAGAUGCAAUUGAUCUUUUUCUUGGAAAUUAUUCAGUGGAUGAAGUAGAACCUGCUAGUCCUCUACAUGUCAAGAAAGAUUGGAAGUUCUUAGCUUUGCCUAUUAUUAUGGUGGUUGCUUUCUCCAUGUGCAUUAUUUGUUUGCUAAUGGCUGGUGAUACAUGGACUGAAACACUGGCCUAUGUGCUUUUCUGGGGAAGUGCAAGCUUUGGAACUUUUGCUAUCAUCCUUUACAAUGGCAAGGAUUUUGUAGAUGCACCCAAGCUUGUCCAGAAAGAGAAGAUGGACUGAAUUUGUGUGUGUGGAAAGCGGCUUGGUACUGAGGAUUCCUCAAGCCACACCUGGAGUCUCUACUGACCUGCUUUCCACACCAAACAGUGGUCUUUUUAAUAUUCUUCCUUGGCAACGGGGUGGGGGGGGGGCUUGGGGGAGAAAACCAUGUCUGGUGGUGGUGGUAGCUUUCAGCUGAGACCUGACUCGACAGUCAGUCGCAAUGGUCUUUGGAAUAUUGCAUUAGUGGAGGGGGCUCUGCUCUUACUGAGGUAAUGCAAAGAUGAAAGAUUGAAAGCCAGCAUUUUGGUGUCUGGAGUGUUUACGGGCUUAAGUGGACUGCUUAAGCUCAUAGUCCAGCUGGGCUGCUUCUGCUGAAUUUUUGGUCUGUGUCUUGACAGGAGAGAGCUCUGAUGCCGUUUGUCAGAAAAACCCAGGUGUUGGAUAAUGGAGCUUCUAAUUGUGGUCUCUGAACAAAUAUGGCUUCAUACCAAUAAAAAAAAAGUCUAGUUCCGUGAUUUACAGCUGGAUUACAUUUGUUGUGAUAAAGUCCAUGUUAUGGAGUCCUUCGUGCAUAUUUGUGUGUGGAUUCUGUUCACUAAAUAUAAAAGAUUUUUGAGUCCUAAUGCUCCUCUAAAAUGAGCUUUUUUUUGUCCUGUCUUGUUUAUCUAGGACUGAUGCAAUAUUCUACUAAUCAUUGUUGAGGUGAAAGGACAGUGUAAUUGGAUGUUCCUGAAGUUGCAAAUGUCUUGCACUGUUUCAAUACUACAGUCUCCAGGUGAUUCACUAGUUAGCGAGUUAAAAUACAGAGUUUUCUUUCUAAAGAUGUAAAUUAAAUCAAAGAAUGUAAAAAUCCUUUGCAGUGUUUAUUGAACCUUCCUUAUGCUAAAGGUCCAAAGUAUUCCAUUACUUUAAGAAUGGGUCACAACGUAAAAGGUGAACUUCAUAUUGUUUUGCUAGUCAGCUGCUUCCAUUCUUCUGUUGAAAUAAUUUAUGAAAGAAGGAAUAACAACAUGAGAGAGAGCAUUUGGUCUAAGCUCCAUGUUUGCACUUGGAAGCAGCAGCUUGCUUUUCAUGCAUGAUACUGUAACACAUUCUUUAAAAAAAAAAAAAGGAAAAAAGCUACAGAAUCAUAGAAUAAUUUGUGCUGGUUAAUAAUAAAUGUGUGUCUUUACAUUUAGUGCUUCCAAGCUGUAUAAAAAUAAGUAAUCCUAAUCAAGGACCAAUUUUAAACUAUUUUGUCACUUAUUUUAUAUGGUUUGUUCAAAACCAGACAUGGAACUUGCUUAAGGCGCUGUGCAUUGUUUAAUAUUUCCUGUAAGUACAGCUGUAUAUUCAGAUUGCAGUUAUAAAAUUUAAACAGGGGGGAAGGGAGAAACAUGUAGAAUACUAGAACUAGCGCAGUUGUCACUAGUGAAGCCAGAACACAGAACACUGAUGCUCCAGUGUUUCCUCGUGUUAUGACUGAAAAUAUGUACAGAUUUUUGCAGCUAUUUAACCGUUCAUUUUAACCUUGAAUGUUUCUGGAGGCCUCUCUGGGUUUUGUGUAAACAUAACCUGUUCAUAAGCACUAGUACUUGCAAAGUAUCCAUUUGCUUCUAGAUGCUGUAAUGGAAAUGCCAGUUGCCCGUUAACUGGAAAAAUCCUCUAACUUAAAAUUUUUCAAAGAUGAACUCCAUUAUGGGCACAAAAUACAAGAAAACCAUAGAAUUGGUAUUUAAAGGUAAUGGUUUUGAUGGCUCACUGGCAGGUGGUGUUUGAAACUCGGUUCAGUUGUCUUGCAAGUCUACAACUAAAUCUUUGCAUCUUUGAAGAACUUCUUGCAGCAAAGACCAAACUUGAAUCGCUAAUACAAAAGGUUUGGAAGACGUAGAGUAGUGUAGGUUUUAGAAGUUGGAAGGCACCUGUAUUUCAGUGCUUUGCAAAGAGUCUGUACUUCUGAGAUCACAAAUGGUGUACUCAUAAAUGACAAUAAAAUGUUCAACUUUUCUA